GAUGCUCCCAUGGCGACGCAAACAGCAACAACUCCAUAGAGGCAAACCAGGAGGAGCCACGGCGCACCACCUGCUGUAUCUCGCGGCUUAUUGAAGAGUCGUGAAGCCCCGCGCCACCAGCUGCGGUGCUGCAAACCCCAUGGAGGCGACGCAACACGAAGGGGAGAGGCGGCUGCUCGCCGGCGAAUCCCGGUGCUUGCGACGCAGCUGGCCACCGGCGAAUCCUGGUGCUUCCGACGCAACUGCUCGCCGGAGAAUCCCAGUGCUUGCGAUAUAGCUACUCAUGGUGUGAGCGCCAUGGUGCAGGGGAUCAAUUGGCCCUGAGACGCAAUGCUCACCAGCUGCUCGACGGCGGCUCCUGAUGCGGCACGCCGGAUGGGGGCGCGACGGUGCAGGGUAAUUGUUGUUGCGAUGCAGCGCUCAUCACUGGCUGCCAGGGUUGCAAUGGAGCUUCGCCGGAGUUGCUGUGGAGCUUCGUCGGAGCCGGGUGUACCGUUGGAGCUCCGGCGAGGCUGCAAUGGAGCUCGGCCGGAGUUGCAAUGGAGCUUCGCGUGGAGCUAUCGGUGUUGCAUUGGAGCUACGCCGGAGUUGCAAUGGAGCUCGCUGGAGUUACGCCGGAGUUGCAAUGAAGCUUUGCAGGAGCUGUCAGUGCUGCGUUGAAGCCUGCCGGGUCUGCAAUGGAGCUCGUUGGACGCUAUCGGCGCUGCGUUGGAGCGGUGGAGCUCUGCCAUAGGUGCAAUGGCGCUGCUGCGUUGAGCUGCCGUGUCGUUGUUGUGAUCCAACGGCCACCAGCACACUGAUCGGACGUCUAUCUAGGCGGAUGAUCCGGCUGAUUUGUAGUAGCCCCAAGAUAAAACCAUGUUCACCCUUAAAUUUUCGACCGUGAAGGCCUUUCCAUCAAAAAAGAGAAAGAAAAACUAGACCAUCCGCUGAACCGCGCGUGACGGGUAGCGACCGACGCACAGGCACAGCCAAAAAAAGUUGCAAGCUAGCAAAAACGAACCCCAGUUCGACGGCAGACUACCGCUGACCGCCGCCUUGAUCUGCUUCCGGCGCCACUACGCCGGCCAUGGGCUGUUCGUCUUCUCUGCCAGCAAACAGUACUGGAGGCUUGGGCAAUAUCAACAACGAGAACUCUGCAACUGACUCAAAGAAUUUGAAAGUGAAGUUGGUUUUACUGGGAGAUUCUGGUGUUGGGAAAAGCUGCAUUGUUCUUCGCUUUGUCCGUGGUCAGUUUGACCCCACAUCAAAGGUAACUAUUGGUGCAUCAUUUCUGUCACAAACAUUGGCAUUGGAGGACUCCACAACAGUGAAGUUUGAAAUAUGGGACACUGCUGGCCAGGAGAGGUAUGCUGCAUUAGCACCUCUGUACUACAGGGGAGCUGGUGCUGCAAUCGUUGUCUAUGACAUAACAAGUGCAGAAUCAUUCAUCAAAGCACAAUAUUGGGUGAAGGAACUUCAGAAACACGGUAGCCAGGAUAUGAUCAUGGCUUUGGUAGGAAAUAAGGCUGACCUACAUGAAAAACGCACUGUGUCUUCUCAGGAAGCACAGGAGCACGCGGACAUGAACAAUAUGUUUUUCGUUGAGACAUCGGCGAAAACGGCUGAUAAUAUAAACCAACUAUUCGAGGAAAUUGCCAAGAGGCUGCCGAGGCCUACACCGCCAUCCUGAUUAACAUCGGUCUGUGUUUGUAAACAGCCUGGGUGAUUGUGUAAUGCACAAUAUGAGUAGAAACGCCUGAACGAACAUUUGUGGCUGUUUCAACAUGGCAGGUCAAGCCAUCUGUAUCCCUGCGAUCAUUGUUUUUGGAAACGUAGCUCAUGUAAAGCUUGUCCAUUGCUCUAACUGUGCCGAAAUGGUGGAGGUAAUCUGCUCCCAGCACGGGUAAGUUAAAUGAAGCUUAGGGCCGUGCUCUAACGCAUGGAUGUUCAGUAAGUAUCUUAAUAUGGUUGAGACUGAAACAUCUUAUCAAUGCAGUGCAUUGUUUUUAGGUUCGGCUUGACUCGCCUGUUGAGCCGCCAUUGACUGUAGUGUACUGGAAGGGUUCAUUGCUAUCACUGUUGUGGAUAAUAAACCCGGACGGAGGGAGUAGUUAAAUAAUCAGUUUUGCUGACCAAAUAAUAGUACUACUAGUUUAAUCACUUUUGCUGACUUAGGCUUCCUUCCUUGUGUUAUGUCAGCUUGAUCUCACUCGGUUAACAUUAUGCUUGUGUCGUGUGAAAGAGAGAACCAAAAACAAAGUGUUAGUUA